GCUCCCCGCCCGGCCUUCCCUUCUAGUCCCCGCUGCGCCCUCGCAGAGGCAGCGUUUGCAGCGGCCUUGCCAUGUCUCAGCCGGGCCAGAAACCCGCGGCCUCCCCGCGGCCUCGGCGCUCUGCAGCGGCCCGCCAAACCCAGGAGCAUGCCAGUGAAAAAACCAGUGGAUCACCUUCCAAGUCAGGAGAAAAGAAGGGAUCAAAUGAGAAAAAAGCAACAAGCCUUGGGAGCAGUCAGCCUUCCAGAACCCAUGCUGGUGGAACAGCCCCGGCCACCAAGGUGUCAGCUGCUUCUGCUUCCACUAGCAAGUCUUCCAGUAUGAAUCCCACAGAAACCAAGGCUAUUCCAGUCAGCAAACAGAUGGAAGGACAGCAUUCCCCCAGCAAAAAAAGACCCAAAAAACAGGCUGCAAAAACAGAACCUGAAAAGAAGUCACAAUCAACUAAGCCAUCUGUGGUCCAAGAGAAAAACCCCCAAGAAGUAAAGCCAAAAGAACACAAAGAGCCAAAAAGCCUACCCAAGCAUGCAUCAGAUACAGAAAGCAAGCAUGUUCAUAAUGAAAAAGCAGUUUCUAGAUCAAGUGAACAGUCGACAUCAGAGAAAUCAACAAAACCAAAGACUAAAUCCCAGGAUGCAGUUUCCACUGGUGGAGAAGGUGUUGUUGCUGGCAUACCUGUGGCAUCUGCCAAACCAGAUAACAAGAAAAAAGAAAAGAAAUCAUUAACAUCUGCUGUACCAGUUGAAACCAAACCUGGUAAACCAUCUGGAAAGUCAGACAUGGAUGCUGCUUUGGAUGAUUUAGUAGACACUUUAGGAGGACCUGAAGAAACUGAAGAAGAUAACACAACAUAUACUGGACCUGAAGUUUCAGAUCCAAUGACUUCCACCUACAUAGAGGAAUUAGGUAAAAGAGAAGUCACAAUUCCUCCAAAAUACAGGGAACUUUUAGCAAAAAAAGAAGGUAUCACAGGGCCUCCUCCAGACUCUUCGAAACCCAUGGGGCCCAGUGAUGCCAUAGAUGCUUUGUCAUCUGACUUCACCUGCAGUUCUCCUACCGCUGGUGAAAAGAAAACUAAGGAAGAGAAAUCUACAGAAGAAGUUCUCAAAGCUCAGCCAGCCAGGGUAGUCAAAAGUGCUGCUGCACCCCAAGAGAAAAAAAGAAAGGUGGAGGAGGACACAAUGAGCGAUCAAGCACUGGAGGCUCUUUCAGCUUCUCUGGGCAGUCGGAAGCCAGAACCUGAGCUUGACCUCAGCUCCAUUAAGGAAGUUGAUGAGGCAAAAGCCAAGGAAGAAAAACUUAAAAAGUGUGGUGAAGAUGAUGAAACCGUCCCAUCGGAGUAUAGAUUAAAGCCAGCCACGGAUGAAGAUGGAAAACCACUUUUGCCAGAGCCCGAAGAAAAAUCCAAGCUCCUGAGUGAAUCAGAACUUAUUGAUGAACUUUCAGAAGAUUUUGACCAGCCUAAAAGUGAAGGAAAACAAUCUAAGACAACCGAAAAAACAACAGAAGCAUCUCAGGCUUCUGCCUUGACUCCUGUGAGCGAGGCUGUGCCUCGGACUUCCAUGUGUACUAUACUGUCCGCACCGACCAAGCCAGCUCCCUUGAAAGGCAAGGUGCCAGAUGAUGCUGUAGAAGCCUUGGCUGGUAGCCUGGGGAAAAAGGAAGCAGAUCCAGAAGAUGGAAAGCCUGUAGAGGAUAAAGUCAAGGAGAAAGCCAAAGAAGAGGAUCGUGAAAAACUAGGUGAAAAAGAAGAAACAAUUCCUCCUGAUUAUAGAUUAGAAGACAUCAAGGAUAAAGAUGGAAAACCCCUCCUGCCAAAAGAGCCCAAGGAAUCACUUCCACCCAUGAGUGAAGACUUCCUUCUUGAUGCCUUGUCUAAGGACUUUGCUGGCUCCCCAGACUCUUCAUCUCUUAAAUUUGAUGAAGCUAAACUUUCUGCUGUCAUCUCUGAAGUGGUUUCCCAAACCCCAGCUCCAGCCACGCACACUCCUGGCCCACCCCCUCAUACUGCGCAGAGUGACAACAAAGAACUGGACGAUGCCUUGGAUCAACUUUCUGACAGUCUCGGACAAAGGCAGCCUGAUCCAGAUGAGAACAAACCAAUAGAGGAUAAGGUCAAGGAAAAAGCUAAAGCUGAACACAGAGACAAGCUGGGAGAAAGAGACGAUACCAUCCCCCCUGAAUAUAGACACCUCCUGGAUAAUGAUGAUAAGGGCAAACCAGUAAAGCCACCUACACAGCAACCCAAGGACUCAAAGAAACCUGCAGAUGACAAAGACCCCAUCGAUGCCCUCUCAGGUGAUUUUGACAGCUGUCCUGCCCCAACAGAAACCUCAGAGAACACAGCAGAGGACAAAGUCAAGACAACUGCUCCCACAUCCAAAGCACCCAAGAAUGGGGGUAAAGCAAAGGAUUCUGCAAAGGCAAAGGAGGAGACUUCCAAGCUAAAAACUGAUGAAAAAAAUACAAGUUAAAGUUCACACUAUUUGGUAUCUGUCUAUAAAAUCUUCAGCUGGUGGAUGGUGACUUUUGAAGGACAAAAGGCUUUGAACAGAAAAUUUUUCUGGGUGGCUUCUAGACAGUGUUAUUUGUUGACUCUUGACAUCCUAAACAUUGGUUAUUCUUUUCCCAGAAAGAAAAUGAAUUUGUCUGGUUUAUCUGUGUAACUGUACUGAGUAUUGAUAAACUUUGAAUUUUUAAAAAUUGCCUUCAGUUGGGAGAGACGGGAACUCUAUAUUUCUAAGAGAUAUAUUUGAUAGUUUCUUAAAACAUAUAAAAGGAAAAACCUUUGCAAACGUUUGCACAUUCUAAACACAGUGCCUGUAAAUCUCAUUAGUAUUUUCAGUUUGCACUUAAUUCUUUAAUUGUUGUUAGCAUUUGGAAAACAGUGCCUUGAAUGUGUUUAAUGUUUUGAUUUCUCAUUACCCAUUUCCUCUGGGGCUUUAGAGCUGUAUUUGAUGUUUCUUUGGUUAAUGUUUAUAAGUCAAACAAAAUAUUGUACAUUGGGCACAUAUCUCCUCUUGGGCUGCUAAUAAAUUGAUAACCUGGACAGACCAGGACACGCUG